CCCGGCCCUUCCGGCGGCACCGCACGGGUAAAGGAGGCCAACGGAUCCGGCUGAAGUGCGAGAGAGGGCGGGAAAGGCGCCCGGGGGAUGCCGGGGCCUCCGCGGGGGUGCCCGAACCCCCUGUUCACGCGCUGGCUGCAGGAGUGGCGCGAUCAGGCCGCCGAGCGGGGGCGCGUCCGGACCCAGCGCGCCUACGAACGGGCACUGAGCUCCCUCCGCAAGUAUCCACUCCCCCUGCGCAGCGGGCGCGAGGCCCGGAUCCUUCAGUACUUCGGGGAACGGAUCUGCCGUCAACUAGAUGAGCAACUGGAGAAGCACCGCGGGGCCCAGGAUGCAGCAGGUGGGACAGAUCUGCAGGCCCCUGCUUCCUCUUGGACAGGACAAGAAGAUGGCCUCCCCAGCUGCAAAGGUGCCUCCAUCGCUGAUUUUCCAGCCCGGUGGCCGCCUUCGUGCUCCGACAAGCCCGAGCAGCAAUUAAAGGAAAAGCGGCACGGAUCACGCCAGCGCGGCAGGCGCUACGCCCCGACUCAGCGUUCGGCCGCUUAUGCGGUGCUGUUGGCCCUUUACCAGGACAGCAUGAGUUCUCACUCCAAGGGUUACCUGACAAAGCUGGAGCUGCAGAGAGCAGCACAGCCGCUGUGUGAUAAAUCUUUCACUCUGGUGGAUCCUGGGAAUAAGAACAAUGCUUGGUCUGCAGUCAGCACUCUGAUUCGCAAGGAGCUAGUCCUCAAGACCAAUAUCCCAGCCAGAUACUCUCUGACGGAGGCGGGGCUGGCCUUAGCCCAGGAGCUGGCAGGUUUGAGAGCGCCAAACGGUCAGGAGCCCAACUUCCCGGCAGCUGAAAUCAGAGAAGAGCUGCUGCUUUCGGAGGAAGACAGUAGAGAUGGGCACGUCCCGGACAGGCCUGGCUCUGUGGAGCCAGGAUCAGAGCCACCCAUGCCUCAGUUUACCCUUCAGCCUGGACAGUUCGACAUCAUCCUCUGUGUCGACAUCAUUGAGACCACGGGAGGCCCCGCAUCCCGGAAGCAGGACUUGGUGGACGAGCUCCAGCGCAACCACGUUCCCUUCAGCAUCCGGAAGCUGCAUGUCGGAGACUUCCUCUGGGUAGCCCGGGAGAAGGCCGCUCCUGCCCCAGGAGAGCCACGACGAUGCACAGCCCGGGAGCUGGUUCUGGACUACGUGGUGGAACGGAAAAGGAUGCCCGACUUGUGCAGCAGCAUUGUCGAUGGCCGUUUCCGCGAGCAGAAGUUCCGCCUGCGGCAGUGUGGAAUUUCCCACCCCAUCUACCUGGUGGAGGAUCUGAAUUCUGCACAACACCUCAGUUUGCCAGAAAAGACUCUGCAGCAAGCGAUCACCAACACCCAGGUGGUGGAUGGCUUCUUUGUCAAACGCACCCGUGACAUUCGGGAAUCCGCUGCCUACCUGACGCUCAUGACGCGGCACCUGGCCGCCCUGUAUGGGGACAAACGGCUGGUAAGCUGUACCAAGGAGGAACUGGACCAGGAACGCCCCCUGCAGGCCGGCGACGGCUCCUGCCGGCUCCUGACCUUUCCCGAGUUUAAUCAGGGGGCUGUGAAGAACAAGGCCCAGACGGUGAGCGAAGUCUUUGCCCGGCAGCUGCUGCAGAUCAGCGGCAUCAGCGGCGACAAGGCGGCCGCCAUUCUGGAGAGAUACAAGACCCCCGCCAGUCUGCUGGCCGCCUACGCCGCUUGCCAGACCCCGCGGGACCAGGAGCAGCUGCUGAGCAGCAUCAAAUGUGGGAAACUGCAGAGAAACCUGGGCCCGGCCCUGAGCAAGACGGUGGCCCAACUGUACUGCACACAGGGCCCCCUGCCUUGAAUCGCCUCGCAUCCCCGUCCUCCACCAGAACACGCCUUCCCCCGGCCAGAUUUGGCGAAGACCUGCCACAACAACACCUGUAUUGCACAGACAACGGCUGACACACACCCCUGUAAAAUGGGAUGCCCGGGAGUCACACGCGUGACCCCAUCACGGAAAUUUACCGGCCCGAAAAAGCACUUCUUUCCUGCCGGCGUAGAUCACGUGGAAUCAUGAUUCUGAUUUCGCAUCUCGAAGAGCGCGUAGGGACAGUUCCUGCUGGUGGUGCUUAGACUUGGGCAGGGCCUGUUCCAUCCCUUGGUUUUCUUCGUUUAAUCUCUUUUUUACUGUUUUUGGUAACCUAAUAAAAUUUUCUGCAACUUAAA